AAAGUGAAAAGGGCGGGGACUGACUUCACCCGUUCUUCUCAGUCGGAUAACAGUGCGCAGUUUCCUGUUGUCGAGCGGACGCUUGCUGAGCAGACCUUGAGGCGAUCCCUUCAGCCGCGGUUGGAAGUUCCUCUUUUUUUCCCGCCCACCUCACAAGAGAACAACAUGUCAUCUGGUGUAAAAGUCUGUGACAGUGUCAUUGAGUGCUUCACUAAUAUGAAGGUACGCAAGAUGUGCAGCAAGGAGGAAGGCAAGAAGCGGAAGAAGGCAGUCCUAUUAGUACUGAAUGAUUCUCAGGAGUUGAUCGUUUUGGACAAAAAGAAGGAGAUCCUCAGCGGUGAUCUGAUGGACGGCACAAUUACAGAUGCAUUACAGGUCUUUGCUGAGAUGCUUCCGAAGAAUGGCUGCUGCUAUGCUCUCUUUGACCUAUCCUAUGAGACAAAAGAGUCCAAGAAGGAGGAGUUGGUUUUUAUUCAUUGGAAUCCAGAUGCUGCAACUGUCAAGGAUAAGAUGGUCUAUGCCAGUAGCGCAGACGCAUUGAGGAAGAAGAUUAUAGGGAUCAAGCAUGAAUGGCAAAUAACAUCCUUGGAGGAUUUACUAGAUGUUAACGUGUGGGCUGAAAAGCUGGGGCAGAAUGUGGUUUCUGUGGAAUGUCGUAAAGUUGAGCUACAGUGUCAUUAAAAGUCUUGCCCUGUUUUUGUUCUUUGGCCUACUAAAUACCUUCAGUUUGUACACAUGUCUCUGACUCCCUCUGAUGCUUGCUUUAAGCCUAUUUGUGAUUGGGACCAGUUAUUUAAAGGGCAGCUGUACCAGUUAUCAGUACAAGGGAGUUCUGUGAGUGGAACUUGCUGCCAAAUUUCUUUGCAUAACCAAGCCUGGAUAUAUGUAGAACAAAUUUCAAUGAAGGGGUAAUCAAUGAAUGUCAAAUUUAUUAAGUAAAAAAAACAACCAAACAUUGACAUCCUAAUUGUCUUGCUAAACCAUUCCUUGAGAGUGUGCAGUGAAUUUUGUCCAGGCACUCUUGAGUUUGUCUGGGGUGGUUACUGGACAAUUUUUAGACCCUUGUAAUCAGCAUUUAACAAUUCUCUAAUGAAAACCUGUCUCUCAUUAGAACUCUUCCUGCAGAUCAUUCAAUGUGUAAUUCAUAUUUUGUAAGCAUUUCUAAUGUUUUAACAAGAUUUACAGCAGUUGUCAACAUUGUAAUCGCUCACUGCAUGUAUGUGAUCAAAUUUUCAUUGCUUUUGGGGGGGGGGGGCAUGGAAAGGGGUUACUGCCAAUUCAGAGGGUGGUUUGAAUCAGUGUCUUGUGAAUGGUUAAUAGUUCGAAAAACAAACCCCUGACUUGCUAAUGUGGAAGUGGCCCCAUUAACCAUCUAAAUAAAAUUUGCAGUCAA